GUUCUUUGUCAAAUGCCCAGUACCUAAAUUAUUACCAGGUGGAUUUGUAUCCACUUUGAACUUAAGGAUCUAAAUUGCAGAUUUUUUAGAAAGAAAAAGAAAUAGUUUUGAUCCUGCUUCCAAACAAAAGUUUCCUCUAUUCGUGCGUACUUAUGGAUUUCCAUCAAAUUGAGUAGUGCUACUCCCUCCGUUUCAUAAUUUUUGUCGAAAUUUUACAUGUAUCUAGACACCUUUUAGAAAUAGAUGCAUCUAUUUUUAGACAAAUUUGAGACAAGAAUUAUGAAUCGGAGGAAGUAGGAGAUUUGGAAGGACUGCUUGAAAUUUGAAAAGUGGUCAACGGACCGCAGAAAGCUUGAAAGAAAAUGCGACUGUAUUUCUGCAAUUCUUUGACCAAAGGAAGGAACACGUGCUCGUGUCAACUGCAGCCGAGCAAAAGGCCACCUACUCCGCCGCCGGCCGCCGCUCCAUCUACAAGUACCCCCUUUCUUUCGAGUUUCGAUCCGCCGCACCCACACCCGCACGCCCUGCGCCGAGCACCAACCACCAAACGCAAAUCAAAUCGUCGAACGCCUAUCGCCCCGGCUCCUGUCGUCGGGCGGCUGCCGCAGCAAUGUUCCUCGCCAAGCCCCAGCCCUCCGUCCUCCUCCCCUCCGUCUCCCUCCCAAAUCCUAACCUCAACGCUGCUGGCCGCAUCACUCCCCUCCCGUCAUCCGCUCGAUCCCAUCGCCGCCACGGCCUCCGCGUAUCGUGCUCCUCCUCCCUGGCGACAGCAGCACGGCCCGCUUCCACGGCCCCGGCCCAUCCCGCGGCCGCGGCGCUGAACCGCGUGGACGUGCUGUCGGAGGCGCUCCCCUUCAUCCAGCGGUUCAAGGGCAAGACGGUGGUGGUGAAGUACGGCGGCGCGGCGAUGAAGUCGCCGGAGCUGCAGGCGUCGGUGAUCAGGGACCUGGUCCUCCUCUCCUGCGUCGGCCUGCGCCCCGUGCUCGUGCACGGCGGCGGCCCGGAGAUCAACUCCUGGCUGGAGCGCGUCGGCGUCAAGCCGCAGUUCCGCAACGGCCUCCGCGUCACGGACGCGCUCACCAUGGAGGUCGUCGAGAUGGUGCUCGUCGGCAAGGUCAACAAGCAGCUCGUCUCCCUCAUCAGCCUCGCCGGGGCCACUGCCGUCGGCCUCUGCGGCAAGGACGCGCGCCUCCUCACCGCGCGCCCGUCCCCCGACGCCGCCGCCCUCGGCUUCGUCGGCGAGGUCACCCGCGUCGACCCUGCCGUGCUUCGCCCCAUCAUCGCCUCCGGCCACAUCCCGGUCAUCGCCACCGUGGCCGCCGACGAGACCGGGCAGGCCUACAACAUCAACGCCGACACCGCGGCCGGCGAGAUCGCGGCUGCCAUCGGCGCCGAGAAGUUGCUGCUGAUCACCGACGUGUCUGGCAUACUGGCGGACCGAGAUGACCCCGGGAGCCUGGUGAAGGAGAUCGACAUCGCCGGGGUACGGCGGAUGGUGGACGAGGGGAAGGUGGGCGGUGGGAUGAUACCCAAGGUGGAGUGCUGCGUGCGCGCGCUGGCGCAGGGCGUGCGCACGGCCAGCAUCAUCGACGGACGCGUCCCGCACUCGCUGCUGCUGGAAAUCCUCACCGACGAGGGCACAGGCACCAUGAUCACCGGCUGAAUCUUUUAGGCCGUCAGUGUUAGUAUUGGAUUCUUUGGCUGCAAUAAGUUGAUUUGUUCGUUGUUUUUUGUUGCUCUGUUGUGACAAAAUUGAAUGGUUGGUCCUGCCACCCUUUACUGGCGGCAGCUGUGAUUUUGAAUCCCCGAAAAGGAUUUAAGUAACACAUGUGAAAGACUGUAACUUUAUGCGGAAUAUACAGUUUUUUCGCAAAUGUCA